AUGUCGUCCGACCUCCUAGCCGAGUUUGACAGCUUCUACAACCCUUCUUCGAAGCCGAACGCUCCGGCGAACUCAACCCCUGCGUCUCACGAUCUUUCAUUCUUAAGCCAUACGAAUCUACAGAGUCAGAAUGGACAGCAAUCGCAGAGUCAAUCUGCCCAGCCGAGCGGCGAUAUAUGGGGAGGAAUGACCAGUUUUCAGUCCAAUGCGAACUCAACACAAGCAAACGCGGCGCGGGAUGAUAUUUGGGGGUCUUUUGAGGCUGCUAUCGAACCAGUCAAGCCAUAUACACAGAGUUUUGCUCCUUCAGCAUCAAAUUAUGGAGCGUUUACCACCGCAAAUAAAGGCCAGCAAAACCCUGGGAUCGUCCGGAGACCGACGCUGGACUUAUUUUCGAAUAAUGACCAUCACGACUCAUUCAAUAGUAUACCAGGACCAAAGGCCCAGCCACAACCUCCCAUGCAAGCGGCUCCUCCCAUAUUUUCUCCCGGAGACGUUCUCUUUGAUGCUACCGAGGAGUUGGAGGACGAGGAUGAUUUUGGUGAUUUCGAGACUGUCACUUCUCCGGAGCCUCCACCACCGAAACCUCAAGUGCCAGUACAAACUCAGCCACCUCAGCCAUCUCAGUCCCUAGAUCUUAUGUUUGGUGCAACGACAUUGGAACCGAAGCCAACCAAAAGACCCAACAAUCUAUUACCAAGUAAUCUAAAUUCUGGCGGCUUGCCGUAUCCCCAAGCACCAAAGUCACCUUCCUUCCAGGAAAGGAAUCCAUUUGGUAGCUUAGGGUUAUCUAUGAAUCCUGUAACAGCAGUGAAGAAGGAAGAGAAACCUAAAACAGCUUCCCCAAUAACAGCAUGGCCAUCAUUCGCGCCUCCAGCACCAGAGAUAUACCGAGACUCGCCCGUCCUAGACAAUCAACCAGACGAUGACUGGGGCGAUUUCGCCGACCUCCCUCCUGAGACCCCAGCUAAACCAACUGCAAAACCAGCUUCAGGAAUCGAAGCAGAUGCAUGGGCCUGGGACGCCGCGGACCAAGUUACUCCUCCAGAAAUACCCACAACUACAAGCACAGCCCCUCCACCACCAUCUAACAUUCCACCCCCCUCAGUCCUUCUAACCCUCUUCCCACCCCUCUUCGACCUCCCCCGCACCACGCUCUUCACCACCCUCUCAACCCAACCCUUCCCCCUCAAAAACCGCAUCCUCUCCGACCCCUCCACCCUCACCUUCCUGCGCGCCUACCUCCUCCUCGCAACCGUAGCAGCCCACAUAAUAGCCGGGCGAAAACAGCGCUGGAAGCGCGACACCCUGCUCUCGCAAGCCAUGAAAAUCGGACCCUCCGGCGGGAAAGGAGGCAUGAAGCUAGCAGGCGUCGAUAAGGCGGAAGUCGUGCGCGAGGAGCGCGAAGCUGCGGAUGUGGUGCGCAUGUGGCGGGAGCAGAUUGGGCGGUUGAGAUCUGCAGUUGCGGUGGCAAAUUCCAGUAUGAGGGACGGGGGACCUCAUUUGGAUAUCCCCGAGAUCAGUGAGAAUAUGGCUGUGAGGGUGCAGGAACGGGGGAUGACGGCGCCGAAGCAGUGUGUUGUGUGUGGGCUGAAGCGCGAGGAGAGGGUUGCGAAGGUUGAUGUGGGCGUGGAGGAUAGCUUUGGGGAGUGGUGGGUUGAGCAUUGGGGCCACAGGGCGUGUAGGAAUUUCUGGCUGGAGCAUGAGGCGAAAUUGAGGCAUCGAUGA